AGUCUGCAGAGAGCUGAGCUGAGCUGAGUGUUUGCAGCAGCAGCAGAACAAGUCUGGCACAGUUUGGACUGAGAGCAGCCUGGAGAAACUACAGAUCCUGAGUGGCCCCCCCCUGCAACCUGUUGCACCCCCACCUUGUCUCUGAAACUUUUUACCCUUCGAGGUAAUGGACUAUUAGACUUUUUAACAGGAUCCUCCACAGCAGCAACAUAGAAGAGAGUCUAAAUCGCCGCUGCCCUCACAUCACCCACAGCCUAAACAGAAGCAGCGACCAUGGGCAAACAGAACAGCAAGCUCCGUCCCGACGUCAUGCAGGACCUGAUGGAGAACACGGACUUCACCGAGCACGAGAUCAUGGAGUGGUACAAGGGCUUCUUGCGGGACUGCCCCAGCGGCGCGCUCAACAUGGAAGAGUUCAAGAAGAUCUACGCCAACUUCUUCCCUUACGGAGACGCCUCCAAGUUCGCCGAACAUGUCUUCCGCACGUUUGACGCCAACGGAGAUGGGACCAUAGACUUCAGGGAGUUCAUCAUCGCGCUGAGUGUGACCUCUCGUGGUCGGCUGGACCAGAAGCUGAAGUGGGCGUUCAGUAUGUACGAUCUGGACGGGAAUGGAUACAUUAGCAAGGCGGAGAUGCUGGAGAUUGUAUCGGCUAUUUACAAGAUGGUUUCCUCUGUGAUGAAGAUGCCUGAGGACGAGUCCACACCGGAGAAACGCACAGACAAGAUAUUCAGGCAGAUGGACACAAAUCGAGAUGGUAAACUGUCCCUUGAGGAGUUUGUUGAGGGAGCGAAGAACGAUCCCUCCAUCGUCCGGCUGCUUCAGUGCGAUCCCAGCAGUGCUGGGCAGUAGAAAACUGGACUUUUUCCCAUCGAAGUUUGAUUCAUUUAGCACAUUUUCAAAAUCUGACCUACCUGAGAUUGUUGACGCUGUAGAGGCACAUGCACACACACACACACACACUUAGACAACUGUAGAUACUACAAAUACCAAAGCCUGCUGCAUAUACAAUCUGUCAGACACCCACACUCACAUACUGUACAUGUGCCUCUACGCCUGGUCAAAGGACUACAGACAACACGGGUCUCAUAUACGGUACAAAUACAACUCAAAGGACUGGAAUCCCAUCAAAGACUUGUUAAACACUGAAUCAAAGCUGUGCUGUCUCAGCCAGCGAAGAUAAUCCAACAGAUUCUUGAGGUACAUUGAGCCGAAUCCAAGUUCGCUGUUUCUUUUUAUUCUUUUAUUUAUUUUUUAUUUUUUUGAAAGCAUAAUUCCUUAUAUAAAGGAACUCAUGCUUAUUUUGUUCUCUGUUAACUGACUCGGGGUUGUUGAGUGAUGACGGACAAAGUAUUGCAAUCUAACUCCAUGUUAACGCUGACUGAAGUGAAGUACGUGAGUCUGGGACGACAAGUGUUCACAGCUUACAGUAUGUAGACAAGAGAUCUGGGAAGUCUAGUUUUUAAUAGAAGGAUUUUAAAAGGACUGAUUUUUUUUUUUACGUAUAUUUUGGAGGAAUGUUACAUCAAACCAAAACUGACUGAGAUUUCUAAAUGAAGGGGAAUAUUUAGACUACAGAUUACAUCCAUCUGCUCUUUUCAAAGUGACUUUUUAUGCCAAGUUCACACACAGAUCUACACGCACACUUCACAUAAACCUUCAUUUUCCUGAUGAAUACAUGAACUUGACAUAUGCAUAUAAACCGAGCUGUGAUUCUCUUUCUUCAACAAGUGUAUAAGCAAAAAAAAAAAAGAAAAAGUUAGAUGUUAUAUGAAUAUAUAGUAUGUUACUUAUAUAUUCUUUUACUCUGUGAUCACAUUGUGGCGAUUUCCUGCAAUGGAAGAGAUUCACUUUAAACAUUUUGACAUAUAAAUUAUUGGAAUGUGAUGAUAAACAUUUUCUUUUCUUUUACUUGACGAAUAUGAUAUGAAAGAAAAGUUGUACAGUAUAUUCACUCAUAUUUAUGCUAGAAAUGCUACAAAGGUGAGGACCACACAUAUUGCUAUGCAUUCAGCUUUGAAUAUCCACAGGUACGUUUAGUGUAUGUAGCUUAUUUUGUUCCCUUUUGAAAGAGAAAAUGGAUGCAGAUCUCAGUUUGAUCCCAAGCCGCCCCUCUACUGACAUCAUAUUUCGCAGGAAGCACGUAAACAGUGGCAGUUUUUGUAAACGGUAUGGCUUCAAAUGGUGUCAUAAAAGUGCAACAGUAACAUCUGCAAAUCAAAGGUUUUGUGCAAAUGUGACUCUUUUGAAUGUGCACCAAAUUUGAAAUACACAUGUAAUUGUAAGACAAUUUGAGGGCUACUGUGACGAUGGAGAUACAACUACCAGAACCAAGCAGUGACAUUGGUAGUGAGCAACAGCAGCAUCCACCAAACCUCACUGUGUUUUUGUACGAUUUAGCUCUUUACUGCUUCCAUUCUGCUUAACGUUCACCAUGCCUGUACCUGCUGGUCUGAAAACACCACGAGAUGCAGUAGCCUUCGCAGGCGGAUGAAUGAUUACUUCUGGGGGAAUAAUAAUAGUUCAGUUCAAGUAGGCGAUCAGGUACGUCAGUCUCACAUUUCAUUUCAAUAGCAUCUUGUGGUCAAGUGCCAAAUGUAGAUGAUUUCAAUAAAAGAGAAACAAACAGUAUUGUAUCCAUUUAUACUGUACAGUUGUUACUGUCGAACAAAAUACUUUGUCACUGUAUCAUUUUGUAGAUUUUGUAUUGUUAACUUGCAUUAUGUGUGUUCUGUGUAGGAUGUCCAUUUUGUAAUUCAAAUAAAGACAAAAUGGGGAAAAA